CACGAGCGGAGCAUUUCGAGGAAGUGAUCAAAACCGGUAAUACAACACAAUAAGGCUUCGGAGUUGCUCGUUAUUUCUUGUAAAGCGCUUAAGCGUUUUGGUUUGUCGAUUUCUCAUGGCUGAGUAUAUUCACAAUUACUCGCUACGGAACAACAACAAAUAUUUAUAACCUGUGUCUGGGCAGUUGCUGGAAACUUGUUUGGAGCUAUUUGAGCAGCUGUGUGUGUGCGCAUUAGAUUCUGCCUCACGGUAAGGAGUUGUUCAGGCCUUGUUCCUGCUGACAGGAUGCUUCUCCAGGCUCUUCUGUGUGUACUAGCAGCAUGUUAUGAACCAGCAGCCACUCUGAAUGCAUCAAGCGAUGAACAGAAAGGCGAUGGAAAAGAUGUAACCCCACUACUGCUUGUAUCAUUUGAUGGUUUCCGUGCAGACUAUCUGGAAAAAUACCCAUUACCUAAUCUGCAGAAAUUCUUCUCUGAUGGUGUUCUUAUUGAUCACCUUAGCAAUGUCUUUACUACUAAAACCUUUCCCAACCAUUACAGUUUUGCCACUGGAUUGUAUGCGGAAAGUCAUGGAAUUCUGGCAAGUCGCAUGUAUGACUCGGAGACAAAAAAGUUUUUUACUGUUCAUAAUUCUAAUGAUUCUUUCUGGUGGAACGAAGCGACACCGAUUUGGGUGUCUGUGCAGAACUGGAAUUAUAAAUCUGCAGCUGCAAUGUGGCCAGGAACAGAUGUGAUGAUCCAAAACCGUACCGCGACACAUUUUUUAAAAUAUGACUCAAAGGUUAGAUUUAAUGUAAGACUGGAAAACAUAACAAAAUGGCUCACUGAAGACAAUUUGGUCAAGUUUGCUGCUCUGUACUGGGAAGAACCUGAUAAUACUGGACACAAAUAUGGACCAGAAAACACCACAAUGAUGGCCAAGGUACUGAAAGAGGUAGACGACCAUGUAGGUUUUCUGAUGGACCAUCUCAACCAGACAGGACUAUGGGGGAAAAUUAAUGUGAUUAUUACUAGUGAUCAUGGCAUGGUGCAGUGCUCCGAAGACCGACUUAUUAAGCUUGAUGACUGUGUCGAUCGGAAAAGCUAUAUUUUGGUGGACACCACUCCAGUUGCUGCCAUCAUACCACUCAAUGAUUCCGCAGAGCUGUACAAAAACCUUAGCAACUGCAAUGUGCACAUGAAAGCUUACAUGAAAGCUGCAAUACCUGACCGGCUGCACUACAGAAACAAUAAACGCAUUCAGCCUAUCAUCCUGAUUGCUGAUGAAGGUUGGACAAUUGUCCAGCAAGGCAACCUCCCAAGAUUGGGUGAUCAUGGCUAUGAUAAUUCUUUGCCCAGCAUGCACCCCUUCCUGGCAGCUCAGGGCCCUGCCUUUCGGAAAGGCUAUCGGAUGAACACCAUCAACAGCGUGGAUCUCUACCCACUCAUGUGCAACCUCCUGGGCAUCCCUGAGGUGCCCAAUAACGGCAGCUUCACCAACGUGCGCUGCAUGCUGCUCAAGGAGAAGUGCUCAGACCUGGCAGCGGUGAUCGGCAUCGUCAUCGGCGCCCUCAUAGUGCUCACCACCAUCACCUUCCUCUUCAGACUGCUAAAGAACAGAGAGCGUUCCUUGUCACAGCCGUUUGCCCGCUUAGAGCUGGAGGACGACGACGACGAGCCUUUGCUUGAAUGAGUGUGCAAAAAUUUAGGAUUGGUUUAAGUACAUGCUUGCCCGAAAAGAAAAUAAACAAAAAGGCACAAAUGGGCACCAAAAAAAAAAAUUUUGUUUGUGUGCCUAUUUUCACCUAUUGCUAUCCAAAGAAUUGUGCUGCUUUUUAUUUAAGCAGUAGUUUAAAUAAGCAACGCAGUUUUCCAUAAGAUUUCAAGUUCUUACCUGUUUCUUUCUGGUCUAGGAAUGUAAUGAGGGAACAGAUUAUGUUAAGAUGUCAGAGAUGAAGACGCUGUGUAGUGAGAUUAAUAUGUAGGGGUUUUUUUUCUUCAGUGUAAAGCAUUUGCAAAUGAAUGUCAGGUCAUGUAUAAUAUACAGCGGCAUAACAUUGAAUACUUCUAUUAUUUUUAAAGCAGAUAUUGUUGGGUACAUACCACAAAAAAUGAUAGUAAACUAUAAGUUAGACAGCCAUAGGCGUUAUCAGGUACGAUCAAGUGCAAUGUUCAUUCACCUUACUGACUUGCUGGAAAUGCACUGAGAAUAUUCAUAUUUUGCAUUGCUCCAGUGGUUUGAUGUACUUUCUGAUGUUCAGCAUAGUACCAGGAACUGAAGCAAUCAAGUUACCGAGUUAAGUACACUGUAUAUUUAUUUCCUUGUGUUGUAUGCUUUACGAGCAUAUGAGUGUUUAUUCCUUCUGCUUCCUCAGUGAAUAUUGAGCUUUAUAUUUAGAUAGUGUUAAAAGAAAUUAUAUUUUUCUAUUCUGGUAGUGUAUACGUGUAGGCUAUUCAGUGAUUUGGAAAAUAUUAUGCUUUUAGUGAUCAUUUAAAUUAAGAAUUUUUUUAAAAAAAUAAAUAAAUAAUGACUUUUUUACACUCAGAUGUUUGUGUUAAUGGUGAGAUGGGUUUAAGGGCUUCUUGAAGUCUUCCUGUAAAGGUACUGUGUAACUAUGCAAGGGAACGAUUGUUGGUUACUGAUAUGUUGUAGGAGUUUUUGUGAAGCCAUCUGUGUGUUUAAGCCAUGAUUUUGAUAGAUUUUCUGUCUUGUGUAAAAAUUUAGUGGUGUUAUUUUAAUUCGGCUUAAAUGGUUGCUACAUGUACUAAAGUAAUACUAUAUAUUUCCAGCUUUGUAAUCUGGUUACAUCUGAACCACUAGAGGUCGCUCUCUCGAAUAUGUGUGUCUUAUAAUGAGGCUCACAAUGAUGUGGAAAUCUCUCAAGGUUUCAUGGCAUCAUCUUUUGUCUAAAAAAAAAACGAAAGAGAGAAAGAAAAUGGGUGCUUGGUACAUUUCAAGUUCAUUUCAGUUAGCCGUGAUCGUAAAUUGAUUUGCAUGUGUAUGCGGAUGAAAUUGCAGCUCUGGCAAGCUCUAAGUUGACUGUCUUUCUCAUAAUAAAGUCUCCUUCAGUAAA